UAUUUUACUGAGCGUUUAAACAUAAUCGUCGAGGUCAGUUUAAGAGUUGAGUUCGGAGAUCAAAGUUGUUUAUAUAAAUAGUUCCAACGAAUCAAAUUUGUUGCACUAUCAUCGAUAUAAAUGAAUUAAAAGUGUAUUGUUUAUCAGGUCCAAUAAGAAGAUGGCCUGGCUCUUAAAGUUACUGAGUUUGGCAAUAUUAUUGACCAAUUGUUGUGCAUACAAAAUUCUAGUUGUUGUUACUUUUCCUGGGAAGAGUCAUGGCAUCUUAGGAGAAGGUAUAGUACGGCAUUUGAUCAAUGCUGGUCAUGAGGUUACAUUUGUAACGUCAUUUCCACCAAAACCGAAGAAAAACUUGAAAGUUGUAGAUGUAAGCGAAAAUUUUGAGAUUGUGAAAGGAGGCUUACUUAAUAUCCAAAAUAUGAUGGAAGGAAAUAUAAAUCUACAAUCGAUUUUAACAAUAUCAGAAGUUUGCUUGGAAAUAGGAAAGGGUACUAUUGAGAACCCUAGAUUUCAAAACCUACUUAAGGAUACCAGCCAAACCUUUGAUGUUAUUAUAUUAGAAUGGCUUUAUAACGACUUAUAUGCUGGAUUGUCAGCUGUGUACAACUGCCCUUACAUCUGGUAUUCCUCACUAGAACCACACUGGAUGGUGCUAAGGUUGAUAGACGAGCUCACCAACCCGGCCUAUGUGUCCGACUCAGCUUCGAGUCACGCUCCUCCGUAUACCUUUCAAGAGAGAACGGAAGAGUUGUUCAACCAAAUGUAUGGAAUGUUCGUACAGAGCUACUAUAUAGAACCUCUAGAAAACAAAUAUUACGACACCUAUCUCGUGCCACACGUUCGGAGUAGGAACAGACCAGUUCCAAGUCUGACUGAUCUGAAAUACAAUGCCUCGCUAAUGCUAAGCAAUUCACACGCAUCCUUGGGAGAAGCAACCAGGUUGCCACAAAACUUCAAGCCCAUUGGCGGACACCAUAUUGAGACGGAUGUUAAACCCCUUCCCGAGAAUCUGAAGCAAUUAAUGGAUAACGCAGAACACGGUGUGAUCUACUUCAGCAUGGGGUCUAAUUUAAGAAGCGAAGAUUUACCAGAAGAGUUGACCAGCAAAAUUUUGAAGAUAUUUGGAGAAUUGAAGCAGACUGUACUAUGGAAAUUCGAGAGAGAUUUACCGAAUAGACCCAAAAAUGUUCACAUUGUUAAUUGGGCACCUCAGCAAAGUAUUCUUGCACAUCCCAGAUGUCUUUUCUUCAUCUCUCAUGGAGGUCUUUUGUCAACAACUGAAGCAGUACAUUUCGGAGUUCCAAUGAUAACAAUACCUGUGAUGGUAGACCAGUUCGUGAAUGCGGAUAGAGCAGUAAGGAAAGGUUUCGCUAUAAAAGUGGACCUAUCAUAUACCAUGGACGUUGAUAUUAAACGAGCUAUCCAUGAAAUGUUAACUGAUCCAAAAUAUAAAGCCAAAGCCAAAGAAAUAUCCUUAAUGUAUCACGACCGGCCGUCAACUCCUGGCAAUGAGCUGGUACACUGGGUGGAGCAUGUAGUGAGGACACAAGGCGCGCCACAUCUACGCUCUCCCGCGCUUAUGGUGCCCUGGUACCAGAAAUGCUACCUCGAUCUACUUUCUGUUAUUCUUUUAGCUUUAACUGUAAUUAUUUUCAUUAUAAAAACAAUGUACAGAAUGGUUUUUCGAAAAUCUGAUUCUGAUAAGAAUAAGAAAAAUAAAUAAGCUGUUAAUUAUGGGUUA